AUGCAACCUAUUUUACUUUUCCCAAUUCUCGCUGGUUAUACUAAUGGAAUUCUUUGGACUCGUUUCAAAAUGAGUUCACAUCUUCAAAUGGUAAAUUUCUUCAUCUUUAAUUCGAAAAACUUGUUAUUCAGGGUUUAUUUUUUCUGAUCCUUUAUUCUCAAAUUGCUGCAAUUAUUUGUGCACUUUUAGCAAAACAUCAAAUGAUAAUUAAUAUUGGAAAAUCUACAAUAAAUUCAAAAAUAUUCUGGUUUUUUGUUAUUUUUUAUCACAUGAUCCCUAUUCUCAUUUUUGUAUUUUUCAAUAACUCAAAUUUGACUCGAGAUCAAAUGAAAAUUCUAUUAGAAAAUGUGAGUUAGAUUUUUGAAUGAGAAAUCUUCAAAAUGUUUUAUUUUGCUUCAGAAUUUUCCAUCAAGUUUAAAUAUUUUAUCAUUAGAAAAUGUUGACAUGUAUGAUAUGAAUAUAAAUCCAUGGUUUAUGUAUACAGUUAUAACAAUUGUAAUAAUGCUUUCAAUUUCUUCAAUCUCAUCAAUUACAGUAUCUUUUCGAAUGUUCAAAAUUCUCAACAAAAAACGUCGAAUUCUCUCCGAGAAAAAUUUCAAGAAUCAUCGAAAUUCGAUAAUAAGUUUAUUAACUCAAGCAACUCUUCCAAUGCUUGUUGUUAUUAUUCCAAUGGCUGUUUUGAACUAUUUUUUUAUUCGGGUUACACCGAAUUCUCAAAGUUAGUGAAACUCAAAUCAUUGUCUUGACUGUCUUGAAUUUUCAGCAAUAUCUAAUCUAAUGAUGUUGAUUUAUUCAUUUCAUUCCUCAUUAUCCACUCUAGUUAUGAUUUUGUCAGAUUCAAAUUAUCGAAAACUUAUCAAUUCCAAAAUACGGUAUAUUAUAAUUUUUAGACAAAAAAAAAUCAUCCCUAAAUUUUUUCCAGGCCUAAUUCAAUUUCCCUAAAAACUGCAGCAAAUCGAACACGAUCAUCAAUCAUGAUUUGA